CAGUCACGUGACAGAAAGAGUCGCGGGAAAAGCUGAAGUGUUGUUUUUUUCCUUUAUAGAGUUUCAGAAGAUUUCACUUCUCUAUACUGAAUAAAGUUCGUUAAUUAAAGAGUAAUAAUCAGGAUUAAACCUGGCUCUGGACUUUAUAACUCGUUAUUUCAGCAGAAAUGACCGCUCCCAAAGCCGAGGACAUCAAGCGGGGAAUUGCUGUGAUAUGGGAGAAUUUGCAGUGUCCAAUAUGUUUGGACUUGAUGAAUGCACCAGUAUCGACUAGGUGUGAUCACCAGUUCUGCAAGUUCUGCCUGAUGAAACUGCUGGAAAGGAGUAAAAAGAAAGAGACGAGCUGCCCUGUGUGCAAGAUGAAUGUCACUAAAAGGAGUCUGAAAGAAAGUCCAGGGUUCCAGAGGCUGGUGGAAGGACUGCAGAAUUUAGUCCAGUCUUAUGAAUUUGACACCUGUACAAGCUAUUUUACAGGAAUACCACAGAGCAGGAAAGAAACCAGUGUGGAAACAGAGUCCAGAGAUCAGCAGUGCAGUGAGGAAAAUGGCUCCUCAGGGAACGAUGUGACAGAUAAGUCAGCAUCUCAUUUCUCCUCGGCUGCAGUGAAGGAUGCAUUUGCAGAACUCAUGGGUCUUGUGGAUUCCUGUACAGUUAAUUCAGAGCAGGACUGUUUUGACAGUGGUCUUGGCGGUCCUGUUAAUAAAGCAGAUGAGCUUCAAGAUGUUCCUUCAAGAAUAGAAGACCGACAGAGUAAUUCACCCAUACCUGAUAGCAGCGGUUCUGAUGGUAAGACUGACCUACACAAGAGACGGUCAAGCAGAAGACCAAAAAGAGUAGGCUUGGAGCCAGACAGAAUUGCAGACAAAAGACAAAAGAAAAGUGUGGAAAAAGUAGCAGAGUGGUUGCUAAAGAUUUCACCUUCAUCAGACACACAAACCAGAUACAGGAGUAGAGAUCCCUCAGUUCCCGCUGAUAGUGAUUCUGAGAAGGAGAGUGUGUGUUCAUCCUCCCCUACAGAGGCUUAUCCGAAAGAUGGCGAUGAGGAUGACGUCAAUCCACCAAAGGAGGUGCGUGGACGUUGUCUAGAGGAAAAGGUUUUUGGGGCUGUCUAUAAACGUGAACGUAAAGGUGGUAAAACCAAAGUAAACAGACCUGUCUCUCCUGAAAAAGAGACCGUGGCCAACCCUGUUCCCUUUAAUUUGGUGCAAGAGGAAGAAAUGAUGACACGACAUGGCCUUAAGAGAAAGAGGAGCUGUAGGCUGACUCCGGCAGAUUUCAUUAAGAAAUCAUCUUCUGACGGUAGAGAAGCAGAAGUUAAAGAGCCCGUGGACUCUGUUACUCAUAAUGCUGUGGAAGAAAACAAGCAAGUUGAAUUAAAUACUGAGGAACAAAUAGAAAUUUUGGGAGAGUGUGACAAGAUAGCAGAGCUCUCUGCAGAUGCAAAAUGUGACAAUACAGUUAAAAACAUGGAAGAAAGUCCUGCGAUUGAAGUACCUUUGAAGAGAUCAGGGAGAAGAUCAAAGUCAAAAAUGCAGGAUAUAUGGCAAAAUGUGGAUCUUGACUUAAAAGAAAAAGAAAACAUUUGUGACAAUAGAACAAGUCGCAAGAGGCGGAGCAAUAGGAGCAGCUGUGAGCUGACAAAAGAUGGCCACUUGGAUGAAAGCAAGAAUGCAAAGUGUACAAAAUCCCUUACCCUUGUGGAUGCGGCUGCUAAUAAUGUUGAUGUAAUGGAGCAGUUGAAAAAUAAACCAAAAAUAGUGGAAGCAGAAAUUAAUAUUGAGAGUUACCCAAGCAGUGCAGAUCCACGAUCUCCUGAUGCUAGAAAAACAAGAAGAAGUUUAAGGCUUCAGGCCUUCACUACAGAAAUUCAGGGAACUCUGAAACAGAGACGAACUACAAAACCUUCCAGUGGACCUGAAACUCAUCCGUUAGAUAAUCCAUCACACUUUAAUUGUUUGGACCAACCUAAUGUGGAUAAAGUGAAUGCAAAUGAAGAAAAUGUUGAUGCUGAUCAGGGUAUUGGAAGUACUCAACAGUCUCGCAGUGGAAAAACUGACCUGCUGAUCAUGAAAAAUGGAUGUGUAUUCAACAGCAGCUUAGGAACAAUUGAGGCAGUGCGGACUAAUGAGGAAACAGCUAUUUCUCCAUGUGUUUCAGAGGGACAAGGCCCUGAACAAAAUUCUGUCCUGUCCAUUAUUCCAGACACAGUGGCUCAAGAUGGACCAAGCCUUCCUUGUUCUUCUGUGGCUGCCAGCUCUGCAUUUCCAUUACAGGCUGUCACACUAGACUCAUCCUUACCAGAGAAAAGCCAGACGUCUCCAUCCGCAGGGUUCGUCGCCCCGUCUGUUGUACAGACAUUGAGAGAUGCUCAUUGUGAGCGUGGAGGCAUAGAAGUGGAAGGUGAGACCAAUGAUAGUGAACUUGAUACAGAGCUUCUAAUGAAGUCCUUCAAAGCUUCCAAAAGAAAAUCUUUCCACCUGGGCAGCCCCAAGCCUUCACCUAAAACAGUCCAGGAGAGGCUUCUAACCAGGACUGACGAGGAACAGAAGCUGCAAUAUCAGAUACCAACCACUUGUAAAGACGAUGAACUAACAUCAGAUCUUGCAACCAUUUGCCAUAAUGACUUGCCUCCAUCUUCAAAUGCUUCUAAGCUUCCGUUAUGUGAGGAAUCGUCUCAAAGGUCUCAGAGCAGUUUUGGUAAUGCAGCUGUUGCAAGUCUUAUCCAAGCAAAUGCAUCUGUUGCCACAGGAGAUCAAAAGGAAGCUUUUCUGAAGAACUCCGGCAACAGCACAUGUUCAGGCCUAAGUCCCAACAGAGUUGCAAGAUCUUCUCAAGAUUCCAAGCUUCCUACAAAUUCUGACUCUGCAGCAUCCUACCAGGGGUUCUUUCCUAAAGUUACUUCAGAGGAGUCAUCAAUCUGCAGCAGCAGCGAAGUCCAAAAGAAUGAGCUCCAGAAAUCUCCAAAAUUAGGUACUUGUCAACCAAGGAUUGCCGAGAUGUCAAACAAAGUCGAGGGCAGCGAUGUGCAGACAAAACAUUCUUCAGACUCAAACAAAAGCCCAAACAUCGCAGCAGCAGGUUCACCAAAUCUUGGAGCUCACAGUAAUCAAUUUGAAUCCUCAAUCACCCCAGAUGGACUCAUACCAAAAGGUCCUGUUCCUUAUGAAUGUCAAGUCACAGAACCUGCAUCUAAUCACAGUUUGAAUGAGGAAAAUGAUGCAGGGUCUCAGCCGUGCGUGCCGAGAAAGAGGAGGGCUCAGAGGCUCAAGUCCUCAGAGUCUGAGCUCAGUGUUGAAGAUGAUUCUCUUCCAACACUGGCUCAUAUAUUCAAAUCUCACCGUUUACCCUCACACUCUGGGCAGGAACCAAAUCAGACCUCUGAGAUUUCUGAGUUAGAUAACCAAGAACCAGAUCCAGGCUAUCAAUCUCCAGCUGACCAAGAACCAGAUCCAGGCUAUCAAUCUCCAGCUGACCAAGAACCAGAUCCAGGCUAUCAAUCUCCAGCUGACCAAGAACCAGAUCCAGGCUAUCAAUCUCCAGCUGACCAAGAACCAGAUCCAGGCUUUCAAUCUCCAGCUGACCAGGCUAACAAAUCAAAUGAAGCAACACCAGAGGCACAGUCUCAGAAUCAGGAAUGUCCUGAAAAUGCAAAUGCUACAGCAGACGAUUACCAUCUACCUCAACCUUCCUGCAGAGAGGAAUGGGUUACAUCGAGCCAAGGAUCUGUGGAUCUCUUCGGGACGCCAGAAGAAAGUGAAGCCGUUGGUAUUUGUGGAAAUGUUGCAGUUUCCAGGGAUUCCUCUCAGUACUCGAGUGAGAUUAUCACCACACAGCAGAAAGAGGAGAUGCAGCAGGAGCUGUGUAGGCUGGAGAGGAUGAUGGCUCUGGUGUCUGAGGCUCUCCAGAAGAAGGAGAAGGACACAAGCGCCAAAACCCAGAACAAGGCUCUCAACCCUACUCACUCUGAACUACAGUCAGCUGCUGACCCUGACCAGGCUGAGCCGUGCAGCCCUGCACUCCCUGCAGACAGGCAGAGCGGCCUUGAUUCUGACGGAGAUCACAGUGGGGUGUCCCCUGGCCCUGCAGCUCCAGACGGCCUGUGUGCUCCCGAGUCCCAACCUCUGUUGACGACAGACCAGGCAAAGACAGGGCGGCGGGUCAGCAGGAGCCGUCAGAAAUCUCAGGGCAGGGGGAGGAAGUCUUCACAGAAGGCAGAAGCUGGGUUAUCUCUCAGAAAUCACAACACCACCUCGGAGGGUUCGGUUACGGAGCUGACUAAGGGAAACGAGGCAAAAGAAGCCCAGAAACAAACCCGUGGAGCGGACAUGCGCAGACUGGGGUCCAGCAGCACAGCAGGGAAGAUGGAGCUGGUGGCUUCUGGGCUCAGUGCCAGCGAAUUGAUGUUGGUGAAGAAAUUUGCCAGGAAAAUGCACGGCCAUCUAAGUAAAGAGAUGACCCCCGGUACUACCCAUGUCAUCAUUAAGACAGAUGAGGACCUCGUGUGUGAGCGCACCUUAAAGUACUUUCAGGGGAUCGCCGGCAGGAAGUGGGUGGUGAGCUUCCUGUGGAUCUCGGAGUGCUUUAAUCAAGGCCAAGUUCUAGACGAGGCUCAGUUUGAAGUUCGUGGAGAUGUUGUUAAUGGACACAACCACAACGGGCCCUUAAAAAGCCGGACCACCUCUGAUGGGUUGCUGAUGAAAGGAUACGAGAUCUGCUUCCAGGGAUCCUUCACAGCGAUGACUACAGAUCAGAUGGAGGCUAUGGUGGAGAUGUGUGGCGCUACUGUUGUAAAAGACCCGCUCAUGUUCUCCAAACACAUAGAAAGUAAGUGUCAGCUGGUGGUGGUGCAGCCUGGUUCUGAUGACUCUCAAACUUACUACAGAGCUCUGCAGAAGAAAGCCACAGUGGUGUCUCGUAGCUGGCUCUUGGAUACCAUAUCAACCUACAGCCUCCAGAAUCCCCAGGACCAUAAACCCUGAACCCUGGCUGCUGCUGUAACUCUUUAAAUUCUCAGUGAUGCUUUAAUUGGUUCCUCUGCUAUUUUGGAAUUUCAUCUUCUGCACUUUACCUGCACAGCGUGUUCUCACUACGUGUAAUCAGAUUUAUUUAACUUUUUAAACUCUUUGUUUUUUGCUUUGCCUUUGUGGAAAAAUUGAUCAAAAACAAUCUAAAAAGUUUUGUUUUAAUGUGUUGUAAAGAAACAUUUUCAAACUUUCAAUCACAAGACAUCUGACUUUAUUCUUUCUCAUGUUUGCAAUUUAAACACUUAUUGAGAUGCCAAGCCAAAUCUGCAUUUAAUGUUUUUUUCAUUCUGUAAAAAGAGGAAAAAAGAAGUUUGGACACACCUUCUCAUUCAGUGUCUUUAUUUAUUUUAUUUUUUUCAACAUGAUAAUAAGCAUUUAGAUGCUCUUAUCUGAGAUACUGUUAACUUGUGGUUUCUAUGGCCGGUAACUGUGGUUAACUUAUCCUGGGCAACCGAGGUAAGCCUUCCUUUCCUUAGACACACUUGAUGAGAGCCAGUUUCAUUAUAAUGUUUCUGAUGGUUUUUCCGACUGUACUUCACUGUGGUUGCUGACUGACAUUCCAGAUUUGAUGGAUCUCCAGAUCUGAAUCCCAUUGAAAACCUCUAGAAUGUAAUCAAAAGAAAGAUAGGUGGUCACAAGCCAUCAAACAAAGCUGAUAUGUUUGAAUUCCUGCACCAGGAGUGGCAUAUGGUCACCCAAAAGUAGUGUGAAAGACCAAUGGAGAGCUGCAUUGAAAGCUGUGAAUAAAAAUCAGUGUUAUUCUACCAAAUACUCAUCAGCCAUCACCAUCAGCCCCACAGCAUGAUGGAACCACCAUCAAAUUUUACUGUGGGGAGCAGUAAAGUUUUCUCAACUUUAGUUUUAUCAGUCCACAGAACCUUAUUCCAAAAUGAAGCUGGCUUGUCCAAAUGUUCUUUAGCAGACUUUAAGCGACUCUGUUUGUGGCACAGAAAAAGGCUCCCAUACAGCCUCUCCUUGUGCAAAGUGCACCAUCUGCAGUAAGAUGAUGAUGUACGUGUUUGGAGGUCUGGAGGUCUGUGGGUUCACUAAGACUGUUCUCACCAUCCUUCUCCUCUGAUUAUCUGAGAUUUUUCUUGUUCUGCCACUUCAGGUUUUAACUAGAACUGUGUCUGUGGUUCUUCCAUUUCUUCACUGUGUUCCUCACAGUGGAAACUGACAGCUGAAAUCUCUGAAAUAGCUUUUUCUAUUCUUCUCCUAAACCACAAUGUUGAACAAUCUUUGUUUUCAGGUUAUUUGAGAGUUUAGUUUUGAGGCUCCCAUGUUGCCACACAUCAGAGAAGAUUAAGUCGUGCCCUGGUAUUUUAUUAAAACACUGCUGUUAGAGUAAUAUUGCUAUUUACUGCAUUUAAAAUGAUUCCAUGGUAUAAACUCACAGAAACACUGCUAUUUCACACAACUAAUGGUUACAUUGACUUCCGUCAGCUAAAGCAGCACCUGGCCUGAUUAUCUGAUUAGCCAUGAUUCAAAAUGAUACUUGUAACGUUUAAUAAAAUUUUGUCAAAGGAGGUUUAUUCCGAAUUAUACACUGCAGCUGAAUUCCUCAGGGUUGGCCUUAACAGGGCAUAUGAAAUUACUACAGGAUAGGAAUGUGAUGGACAUAGCAGCUUAAACAAGCACUGCUGAUGACAGGAGGAUAGAGAACAGACAUAUAGGGAGUCUCCAAAAAUGGGGUGGAAUGGAGUCCCCUCCUUCCUUUUUUUGUGAAUGUAAACAGAGGUCAUGCAUAUGCAGGACGCCUAAAGUAUUAAUACACUGGGGUCAGGUAAAGGCUAAAUGUAUAGGCUGCUUCCCAAAAGUAUAAAAUACUGUAUAUCGUUGCUAAACAAUGAAAAACAUGUAUUUCUAUUUUUGUCUAUUUUUAAUUUACUACAUAAUUUAAAAACACAAACUUUCCUUUACACUGUGUCAAAUAGACCAAUAGAAAUUCUCCAUAAUUACCUGAAAUAAACUUUUUACGUUGA